AGUUUGUCAAGUUUAAGCCUUGAGAAGAGUGCCUGAGAGUCCAACAGAGACAGAAAAAGAGAGAGUGAGCCUGGACAAGAGACAUUUCUGUUCACAUUUGUACUUGUUCGCGAUAACGUAAUGGAGUCCGCCAUUAAGACAGUGGUCAGUGUGUAUCUGAAGUCUGCCAAAGGGAAGGAAAGUCUAGGAGAUAAAGACUUCCAAACCAUGGUCAAGAAACAGCUUGGCAACAUCAUGACUGAAACAGACAGUUCAUCUGCCAUCAAGGAAAUGCGUAAAGGGCUGGAUGAGAACAACGAUGGGAAGGUCAGCUUCCAGGAGUACAUGACUCUGAUUGGCUACCUGGCCAACACCCUCAGUGAGGAGAAGACUGCAGCCAACAAUGCACCUGCCUCUUAGGCACUCCAUUAGACAUUCUAUAAGGCUUCUUUGGCAGUCUAUAAGGCAGGAUACUUCAAUCCUAGUUCUCAGCACCCGGAGGAUGUGCAGGCUUCAUUACACCACCGACACAUCAGGUUAAAGUAAAACGGGUCAGAAUGGAGUUGAAUGGUGUGUAGGUUCACAUGGCAACAGUUGAAGAGCACUGACCUACUGCCUCAUACUCCAGUAGAGGAUUAGAAACUUGUCUUGGACCCCCCCCCCCUUUCUUUAGACCUCAUCACUGCAUGCAUCAUCCUCACACCAGUUACUUCCAAGUAUUGAACCCUGCAAAUACACUACAAAUCUGUAUCUGUGUUAUAAUAAUGUUACCCACUGGCUUUAUAAAACUGUUAUGAAGGCAUUUUUAAA